AUGACCGACGCUCCGCCUAUUGUCUUCAUCGCCAGGCAUGGUGCUCGCCUCGAUGCUGCUGAUAAAAAUUGGCACCUGACAUCUCCUACCCCUUAUGAUCCUCCGCUCUCGUAUGGCGGUUGGCUACAGGCGCGGGCGCUUGGACUUCGCAUCGCCAGCCUUCUGGAGUCGCCAGAGUACGCGGGCAAAGAACCAGAGUCGAUCCUUGGCCAUCCUGCUACCCUAAACAACCCAACCACAACUGAAUCCGUGUCGAUCAGAUCAGAGCUACCCCGUCGAUAUAAUUUUGUCGUCCAUACUUCCCCGUACCUACGAUGUUUGCAGACGGCGAUCGGAGUGAGUGCGGGUCUCAGCCAUCAUCAAACUACCGACAAUGCGACCCUGGAGGCAUCGUCUCUUCCCAGUAUGACUCCGUACUGCGCCACUGAGAUUGGAAGCCAUGACAGACGCCCCCUGUUGCGUGUUGAUGCAUUCCUGGGCGAGUGGUUGUCUCCGGAUUACUUUGACCAAAUCAUCCCGCCGCCCGCAUCAGAGAAGAUGAUCCACGUCGGGUCAUUUCCCUGGGGGUUGGGGCAGUCACUCCCACUCGGCGCCCCCGAGAAGGACCACGAACAUCGAAUGUCCCCACGCGGGCCUGUCCCCAGCACAAACACACAACAGCCCCAUCGACAGCGAUCGAGCACAUACAAUACCCCCUCGGCUACCGCCCUUUCUCGAGGUCGGGCUCUGGGCCGUCUGGAUACCGAUCUUCCCCCUCCGGCCCAAUCAGCAUAUGUGCCCCCAACUCCAGGGUACGCGGUUUCUCCGUCAGAUCCGAUUCCAGUGGGCUACGUCGCUCAUGCACGGGAUGCGUGUACGAGGAUUGAUUAUCAAUGGGACAGCAUGCGCACGCCAUACUGGGGCACAGGAGGUGAAUACGGCGAAGAGUGGGGUCUGAUGCACGAGCGAGUGCACGCUGGGUUUCAAAAAAUGAUUGAUUUUUAUCGCGACGGGGAAGGCCCUGGCGACCGAGGUCGGGCGCUGUCGAAUGGGUCGUCCCCCGUAGACGCUCCCGCUCAGACUGUGCUUAUCAUCAUCACACACGGAGCCGAUUGCAAUGCUUUGAUUGGGGCUCUCGCUGGACGAUCGGUUCUUCUGGAUAUUGGUACUGCGUCACUGACUAUGGCGGUCCGACGCGAUCGCCUCGACAUUGCUUCCAGUCCGUCUGCCGAGCGAAUGCCAGACUCCCCGACGAACUCUGUCUUGGCUUCGUCGUUGACUGGUCGCGAAGGCCGAUCGGUGUCACAGGAAUACUCUUUACAGCUGAUCGCAUCGAAUGACCACUUACGUGCGGGGGUGAACCCCUCUCAGCUCGGUUCGCUCACCUCCCCCUCUGCCCCUCAACCGCUGCCGCCUCCGUCGAUGUCUUCCUACCGCAAUCGUCUCAGCUCUCGCCCUUCGGCUGCUGUCCUCCAGGGCUCCUUCGUGAUCGACUCGACCCCGAAAUUUGGUUCAAAUUCGCGCAACUGGUCUCAGACCUCUCGUUCCUCUCCAAUCUCCGCCCCGCCCCGAGGCGGAGCUGGUCUUUGGGGCUCCCUCUCAGCGCCUCCGCUUGAGGUUGACGAACACGUGGAGGAAGGCUUUGUGCCGAAUUUUGGAGAUGUUGUUACACACCACGAGGGUCGUGCCAAAUCAAACAACACGGGUCCCGACAAAACCGAAGAGCCGGACUGGUCCCAGCAAAUGCCUCGGCGCACGCUCUCUCAGCGAGGAUUGUGGGGCAGUGCUCAGUCCCUGGAGGAUCGCAAUGUCGCCGCACGACGGCGAUGGACUGUGACGAAUCAAAAUCUGUAG